CGCCCCCGCCCGACGGGCCCCGCCGUCCGCAGCCGCGGCCGCGCCGGGAGGAGACGCUGCUGCCGCCGCCGACCCGCGGCGCGUCCCUCUCCUUCCUGUGCCGGCGGCGGCAGGGCGAGGGCUGCCCCCUCCUCCGUCAGUCGCGGCGGCAGUAGCAGCAGCAGCAGCAUGAGCGGCGGCCGGAACGCGGCGGCGAGGGCACGGCUGGCGGCGCGGCUGCUGGCGGUGCUCGGCUGCGUCCUGACAGCGGAGGCCCAGCUCACAGGAGUCCUAGAUGAUUGUUUAUGUGACAUAGAAAGCAUCGAUGACUUCAAUACUUUCAAGAUCUUUCCCAAAAUACAGAAACUACAAGAACGUGACUACUUCAGAUAUUACAAGGUCAACCUGAAGAGACCAUGCCCAUUUUGGGCCGACGAUGGCCAUUGUUCUAUCAAAGAUUGUCAUGUAGAGCCUUGUCCUGAGAGCAAAAUACCUGUUGGAAUUAAGGCUGGGAGCUCUAAUAAAUAUUCAAAAGCAGCAAAUAAUUCCAAAGAAUUGGAAGACUGUGAGCAAGCUAACAAGCUGGGAGCAGUUAACAGUACCUUAAGUAACCAAAGUAAGGAGGCUUUCAUUGACUGGGCAAGAUACGAUGAUUCACAGGAUCAUUUCUGUGAACUUGAUGAUGAGAGAUCUCCAGAUGCACAGUAUGUGGAUUUGCUGCUGAAUCCAGAACGUUACACUGGAUACAAGGGGCCUUCUGCUUGGAGAGUAUGGAACAGCAUUUAUGAAGAAAACUGCUUCAAGCCUCGAUCUGUCUAUCGUCCUUUAAAUCCACUGGCGCCUAGCAGGGGAGGAGAUGAUGGAGAAUCUUUCUACACGUGGCUAGAAGGUCUGUGCCUUGAGAAAAGAGUGUUUUAUAAACUCAUUUCUGGACUCCAUGCUAGCAUCAACUUGCACCUGUGUGCAAAUUAUCUUCUUGAAGAAACGUGGGGGAAGCCCCGCUGGGGACCAAAUGUGAAAGAGUUCACUCGCCGCUUUGACCCUGCUGAAACGAAAGGAGAAGGACCAAGGAGGCUCAAGAACUUGUAUUUCUUGUAUUUGAUAGAGCUGCGUGCUCUGUCAAAGGUCGCUCCAUACUUUGAGCGUGCUGUUGUCGACCUCUACACCGGCAAUGGCCACGAGGAUGCUGAGUCUAAAGCUCUCUUACUAGAUAUCUUCAGGGAUACCAAAUCCUUCCAUAUGCACUUUGAUGAGAAGUCCAUGUUUGCUGGAGAUAAAAAAGGAGCCAAGUCACUAAAGGAAGAAUUCAGAUUGCAUUUCAAGAACAUCUCCCGCAUAAUGGACUGUGUUGGAUGUGACAAAUGCAGGCUGUGGGGCAAGCUGCAGACUCAAGGCUUAGGAACUGCUCUGAAGAUCUUGUUUUCUGAGAAAGAAAUACAGAGCCUUCCUGAGAAUAGCCCAUCAAAAGGUUUUCAGCUCACACGGCAAGAAAUAGUUGCUCUUGUAAAUGCCUUUGGAAGGCUUUCCACAAGUAUAAAAGAGUUGCAGAAUUUUAAAGUUUUAUUACAACAAACUAGGUAAUGAAGGUCUUUGCACAGCCCGAUAGUGAAGAUUAUUUACAUGACUGCAUUGAGCAGAAUGAACUGAUCCUUACAGGACUCACAUGAACUGAUAAAAAGUAAAAUCAAAUCCCAACUUGAAUAUUUAUGUUUAAACUAGGAAUGGUUAUUAAUUAGAAAAUAUAUUUAUGAAUGAAAUAUAGAGUUUUUAAAUGUGUAAA